CAUAAAAUUAUACAAAAAAUAAUAAUAUAGAUCACAAGUAAAAUAUAUCUCAUCCUUAAAUUAUAUUAUCAUUUCUACUAUGUCAUGUCAUAUUUAUUUAUUGAUUAUGGUCAAACUGUUCACACUCAUCUUGUUUUAUUUUCUCCUUCCUAUUUUUUUUUUGUUUAAUCACGCUAUGUCUCACUAUUCAUCUAACUCAGCCUAUCGAUCCAUCUUGUUUUCAGCUGCAAAAUUAUUACUGACAUCUUCUUUUACAAAGAAAUAAAAAUAUUAUAAAAAUAAAUUUAAAAAGUACCCGACCAAAAGGUGAAUCCGACAUUUUUCCUUUGGUAGUUAACAGUUCUCAUCUUCAUUUCCACUUUCUCUUCCAAAAAAGACAUUUAAAAUAAAAUAUUUAAUAAUAGAAAAUCAUUGAAUUUUUAAAAUCUCUCUGUGUCGCAGACGCAGGCAACAUAUGUAUUCAGAACUCGUGAUUCAUCAUUUCGUUUUGAGUUCAAGCUCCGGCGAUGCAUAACCCCUAGGCGGCGUAGCUCCGACGAAACACGUAUAACUAUAUAUAUAUAUAUAUUAAAAAAAAUAUUUAUCGUUUCGUACCGUUUCUUCGUUAAUUCAUGGAUCUACUGUAUUGUUGCUUCUUCUGAUUUGUGCACUUUCAUUGUAUCCACCGUGAAGUUCUUAUAUAGCGUCCGCUUGUGAGCACACGAACCAGUUAUGUAACGCCACUGAAAACAGAGAGGAGGGAAGGGAAGCACUUGUGUGUUUCGAAAUGUCUGGCUCGAGAGUAUCGGAUCUGAGCAAGUUGCAUCUCAAGAGAGAGCUGACUCAAAUCAAGAAAGCUUCCCGCGUUCUACGCGAUCCAGGCACCUCUUCCUCCUGGAGAUCCCCUCUCACCUCCUCCAGAUCCGUCUCCGCGACUGUGCCUGCGGUUCUGGAGCCUCCGGUGUGCAGAAACAAUGCUCUAAAAGAGAAGGAGAAGAAAGUGUUCUUACACAACUGGAAUACUAACAAUGAAUCUUCAUGGACACAACAAGCUAGUCUCAACAACGACGACGAUGGUGAUGAUGUGAGUGAUGCAAGGAAGGGUGGCUAUUCGAUGACUUUCAGGUGCAGAGACACCAAUCUAGCGUCAAAGAGGAGGAAGAAGAGUAAGAGAAACAACAUAGUGGCUAGAAGGAGAUGUGACUCUGCUGAACUAUCAGACGAAACAGAGGAUCCAAGGCACAUCACUGUUGCAUCUCAUUUGGUUUUGAAGCAGCUUAAUCGCAAGAACUGGUCACGUUCUUUGAUAACUAGUAGAAAAGAGGAUUCUUCAUGUACUCAUAACAGCACACCAAGCUCCUUCAACAUCUACGCUCUUCGUAAUCCAAACAACGUUGGAUCUUGGGAUGGUACCACUACAACUUGCGACGGCGAUGGUGAUGAGUUGGAUGGUAACUUGGAUUCACCAGGGAGAAAACAAGGCUGUGGCAUUUGGACCAAGAAGGCUACGAAAGGUGGGUGCAGAAGCUGUUGCUCUCCUUCCUUGUCUGAUACUUUGAGAAGUAGCAUUUUAUGUGGGAGUGGACCGGUGUAUCAUCGUAGACAUAAUAAACACAAGAUUGGUUCAAGAAGUGCUCAAGGUGUUUUGCCUUUGCUCACUUAUGGUGGUGAUGGGAGAGGAGGGUCUUCUCAAGGAACCGGGUGCAGUGAUGAUGAUGAUGAUGAGCUUGAUUUAGAGGCUCAGAGUAGAUUAGAUGGGAGGAGGUGGUCUACUAGUUGUAGGAGUGAGGUUGUAGCGGUAGAUGGAAGUACACAAAGCUUCAGCCAAAAGUACAGACCGAUGUUUUUCGAUGAACUGAUUGGUCAGAGUAUAGUUGUUGAGUCACUAAUGAACGCACUAAAAAGGUGUAGGAUCACUCCUUUUUAUCUCUUCCAUGGUCCUAGAGGAACUGGCAAGACAUCGACCGCGAAGAUUUUUUCAGCAGCCUUGAACUGUGUGGCUAUUGAAGAGAUGAAGCCUUGUGGUUACUGUAAAGAAUGCAAUGAGUUCAUCUCUGGGAAGAGUAAGGACUUUUGUGAAGUUGAUGGAGAUGAUAAGGUUAGGUACCUUUUGAGAAACAUUCCAAGGAAGUCCUCAACAUACAAGGUGUUUGUGAUAGAUGAGUGUCAUUUGUUACCAUCUAAGACGUGGCUGUCUUUUCUCAAGUUCCUUGAGAACCCUUUGAAGAAAGUUCUCUUCGUAUUUAUAACGACGGAUCUUGAUAAUGUCCCUCGGACCAUUCAGUCAAGGUGUCAGAAGUUUCUAUUUGACAAAGUUAAAGAUGCAGACAUAGUAGUGAGACUGAAGAAGAUUGCUUCAGACGAGAAUCUUGAUGUGGAAUCUGACGCGUUGGAACUGAUUGCUAGGAACGCGGAUGGUUCACUUAGAGAUGCUGAAACUAUGUUGGAGCAGCUGAGUUUGCUGGGGAAACGUAUCACCACUGGUCUAGUAAACGAGCUAGUGGGUGUUGUUUCAGAUGAAAAAAUGCUGAAACUUUUGGAAUUAGCAUUGUCAUCUGAUACGGCAGAGACAGUGAAGAGGGCUAGAGAGUUAUUGGACCUUGGAGCUGACCCAAUAGUCUUGAUGUCCCAACUAGCUAGUCUUAUCAUGGACAUCAUUGCUGGUACAUACAAGGUGGUAGACGAAAAGUACAGCGAAGCCUUCCUUGACGGACGAAACUUGAGUGAAGCGGAUAUGGAGGGACUAAAACACGCUUUAAAACUUCUUUCUGAGGCUGAGAAGCAGCUUAGAGUUUCUAAUGACCGUUCAACCUGGUUCACAGCGACUUUGCUUCAGCUUGGGUCAAUGCCUUCUCCUGGAACCACGCUUACAGGAUGUAGCAGUAGAAGGCAAAGCUCUAGAGCCACUGAUGACGACCCGUCAAGCGUUUCAAGGGAGGUGAUGGCUUACAAACAGAGAAUAGGAGGGCUUCACUUUAGUAAGUCGGCAUCGCCAAAAAGAAGCGGAAAGCAUACCCAUGAAGCGAGUUCUUUCUCCAGGGUUAUCGAUAAUACAUGCUAUAAAGCCUCCUCGUCUAGCCAAACUCCAGAGAGAGAAGCCUCCAAUGCCUCACAUGGCAAUAGUACUGCAAGCACCAUGAUGCUUACUCAAAGAAGUUCAGAGAAACUAAAUGAGAUAUGGAGAAAAUGUGUAGAAAUAUGCCAUUCCAGAACAUUGAGGCAGCUGCUCUAUACUCAUGGGAAACUUAUAUCUAUCAGUGAAGUUGAAGGUAUUCUAGUUGCUUAUAUAGCGUUUGGAGAAACCAAGAUCAAAACAAGAGCUGAAAGGUUUCUAAGCAGUAUCACAAACUCGAUGGAAAUGGUACUAAGGAGAAGCUUAGACGUCAGGAUACUACUCUUGCCUGAAACCGAGCCACUCGUAGUCCCUUACCAAACCGGGAAACCAGAUAUGACAAACAAAGUUGGAGAUCUACAUGCUGCAACAGACCUUGGAGUUGGUAGCAGUGAAGAAGGCAGAUCAAAGAUCCCAAUGCAAAGGAUAGAAUCAAUCAUCCGAGAACAAAGAUUAGAAACAGCAUGGUUACAAACCGCUGAUAAAGACACGCCUGGAUCACUAACACGGAUAAAACCUGAAAGGAAUCAGAUUCUACCUCAAGAAGACACUUAUCGCCAACCUUCUGCUGUUUCUCCUUCCGGAUUAAAUAAUGACGUUAAGCUUUUGAGAAUUGGCGAAAAUGGUGAGCUUAAAGAGAAUCUAACUGGGAGCUGUCCUCUUUCCCCGAGCUUACUUCAUGAUUCUAAGUUUGGACACAAGAAAGACAAUAUAGGAGGAUACGAAUCAGGAACAAGGAGAGUUGGUUGUAAUAUGUUACUUUGUUGGAACACAAACAAGACUCGAAGAAGUAGCAAGGGUAAGGGAACUCAUGUUCGUCCCCGAAGAAGUGGGAAGAGAGGGUUCUCUCUGUUUAAUGGAUGUGCUAAGCCAAGGAAACCAGCAGGUAAAUUGAGAAGAUGAAACUUUUAGUUUCAAAGUCAUGAAAACAAAAUUGUUUCACUCAAGCUCAAAUUUAUCAUAUGUUCCUUCCACUUCUAUAUAGUUUUCCUUAAGUCUAUUUGAUCAUUGAUAUGUCAAAGAAUAGCUUUAGUUAAUUCACUGUAAAGUUCCUACCACAUUGAGUUUAAUAGACUUCAUUUUUGUUUUCUUUUUAUGAAACUUCAGAAAUGUUACUAUGUAAUUUAAUAAAAUGUCAGAGAGUAGUUCAAUCUUUA